GGCCGGGCGGGGGCCAUGGCGGCGCCGCGCUCCUUCAGCGCCGCGGAGGUGCGGGAUCGCUGCGCGCGGGGCGAGUGCCUGGUGCGGUGCCGCCGCCGCCUGUACGACCUGAGCGCCUUCGUGCGGCUGCAUCCCGGCGGCGAGCGGCUGCUGCGGAGCCGAGCGGGCACCGACGUGAGCGCCGCGUUAGACGGGCCCCCGCACCGGCACUCGGCCAACGCCCGGCGCUGGCUCGAGCAGUACUACGUGGGCGAGCUGCGGGACGAGCAGAGCUGCCCCAAGGCGGAGAAGCCGUUGGAUGCUGCAGCCCCACGGCUGGACCCCCGCUGCAAGCCGGUGGAUGUGGGCACGGACCUGGUGGACUGGCGGAAGCCCUUGCUGUGGCAGGUGGGUUACCUGGGGGAGAAGUACGAUGAGUGGGUGCACCAACCUGUGGAUCGGCCCAUCCGCCUCUUCCACUCGGAUUUUGUUGAGGCCCUCUCCAAGACAGCAUGGUACGUGGUGUUCCUGGUGUGGACCCCCGUGGUGCUCUACCUCAGCUGGGUCAGCUACACAGCCCUGGCACAGGGCGACACCAGGCUCUUCUCCUCCUUCACCACAGAGUACUCCAUCCCCGUGCACAAAUACUACUUCCCCUUCAUCUUCCUCCUGGGGAUGUUCCUGUGGUCCCUGCUAGAGUACCUCAUCCAUCGCUUUGUCUUCCACAUGAAGCCACCCGCUAGUAACUACUAUCUCAUCACCCUGCAUUUCUUGCUGCACGGGCAGCACCACAAGUCCCCCUUUGACAGCUCCCGCCUGGUCUUCCCCCCGGUGCCGGCCUCGCUGGUGAUCGCCUUCUUCUACGGCGUGCUGCGGCUGCUGCUGCCCGAGGUGCUGGGGCUCUCUGUCUUUGUUGGAGGGCUGUGUGGCUACGUGGUGUACGACAUGAUGCACUACUAUCUGCACUAUGGCUCGCCGAAGGAAGGCACCUACCUGUAUGGGCUGAAGGCGUACCACGUCAAGCACCACUUUGAGCACCAAAAAUCAGGCUUUGGCAUCACCACCCGCUUCUGGGAUCACCCCUUCCGGACGCUCAUCCCCGAAGAGACCUUUGAGAAAGAGGACUGAUGGCCCCAGCACUCAGCCAUCCGUGCUCAGGGCUGUGGGGGGGAAAUACUGUGCUGCUGAGGGUCUGCACCUUCCUUCCUGUCCCUCUCCGUUGCCCGUGGGGCUGCUCCAUCCCCUCGGUGCUGCCAGUGGGGCCGGGAGGGUACGGACGUGGGGAGGGGGUGGGAGGAGGCUGUUGGGGCUCCAGCUCUUCCCAUUGAGGGCACUGAUGAGUGGGCACCUCUGUGCCUGAAGGAUGAAGUGCCGGGUGCCUCGAGCCCCCCUUCCUGCACCCCUGCCCUCUCAUGUGCCUCCCUGAGCCGCCCGACGCACUGCACCCAACUCCUACCCAGGGGCUCCUGUCCCUUGGGCAACCUGUGGGGAGGGGGGAGACAAAAAAAAAACAACAAGGGAAAUAAAACCAAACGGCACUGCCUGCCCGUGCAGUGGGCUUUCCUUGCAAUGUGGUGCCAGGCAGGCAUCUGGCAGGGCUGGCCUUGGCCUUUCUCUAACCAGCGCUCCCCAUCUCCCUGCCAGAUUCGUUUGACUUUGCAUUUGUUGUGGUCCUCGGCUACUUGAAACUUAAACUCCAAUGAAUGGAAUUGCUAAAAGAUGCCUUUUUUUUUUUUUUUGGCUGAUCCUGUGAUUAUU